UUUGUCUUCUCUCGUCCCCUCCCCCACCCCCUUCUUCAUUAUUUCCCUCACUGUCGUUUGCAAGAUAAACAAUUUGAUCGGUGGAAGUGGAAGGAUUGAGAAGAAUGCAAGUGUCGUGGACCAAAGGGAGAUACGCGCUUUGCUUGCUGAUUUUGCAAAUAAAAUUGACGAAUUCGCGGACAUCCUGGCGCUUAAAUGCCGCCGACAAAGUUGUGAAGACGACCGAUUACGUGAUCGAGGACGAUCCAAUUUUUGAUAUCCUCGCAAAUAACUUCUUUAUUAGCAAUGGCCAGAUCUGGAGUAGGACCGCGAUAUUGGAGAAACACGAGAAAGUACAGAUAUACUGUCAAGAGUGUAAAGGUUUUGCUAGUCAGGAAAGACGACUCUCGUCAUACGUGUUGAAGGACACAAAAAAUAUCAAUGAGUCCUUUCCUCUGUCCUCGCAAGUGUCAAAUGAGCAAGUGACAUGUACCUCUGGUCAGCAAUGCGACAAUAUAAUAUUGGAUUGUGGCAAGCCAGUAAAUUUUACCUAUUAUGAUAAUCUGAUUGGUGUGGCAAAUAGGAACAAGCACCCAUUGGUACCAGAACCCAAUGUGGCACUCAUGUUCAAGAAAAACGGUGGCAAAACUAUUGAUGUUGAUAUUGACUUGCUAGAAAAACGCUUGAAGAAAGCAAAGCGAGAGAAACCAAAAUCUGUCCAAUUAUAUAAUCAAAUAGGAAAUUUUUGGCGUAUUAAAGGCGAUGCACAGAGAUCAAUCGAGUGCUUUCGUAGGGCACUUGCAGUAUCGCCGCAAAAUGCAGAAGUGCUCUUGAACUUGGCUAGAGUAUUACUGGUACAACAUUACUUGGAUGACGCGGCGUAUUUAGCCAGGCGAUCCUUAGAGUUGCAACCCCCAGAUCGCAAUGCAUGGGAGCAAUAUCUUACACUUGGACAAAUAUUCAAAGCAUAUGGACAUUUUCAAGAGGCAGCUGUUCAUUUGCGUCAUGCGCUGGAGUUAAAACCAGAUCUUUCUGACGCUGCCGACGCGUUAAAAGAAGUCGAGUCAUUGCCGGCUGCAAGUAUACAUAUUUAUACGUUGCUGAUUAUCAUCUGUUUGGUACUCGGUGUGCUCUUGGUUGUGUUGAGCAGUGUAGAAUGCGAUGAGGAUUCAACUCUAGUCAGUGGACAGCUUCAGCGUCCAGUACAACGACAUUUCAGUCGUGCUAUGGCUAUGCGUAGUUUACGGCUGAACGUUGCACGCAACAAACGUUGUUGAUAAUGAUAACUCAUUAUUAGACGAAUCAGUCGUUUGUACAAGUGAUAAAAUAACUUUUCAUGCCAUAACACGAUUUAUUUCUCUGCAAAAUAUUAUUUGUAAUACGAUUCGUAACAAUUCUUGGGAUGCACUUUUUAAUUAUUUAUUAUGUAUUUCCGUGCGGAAAAAAGAAUAUAUGAAGGAAUAUACAAGAAUUUUAUUGCUAUCUGAUCAUGUCUUUCUACCCGAGCCUUUAUCGAAAGAUAAACUCGAUAAAUUUAACGUCCAUUCAAUAUUUAUUCUUAUUCUCUUAAUGUGUUUACAGAAAAUAAAAAAUAUGGAAUGUUAUACACACACAAUACUAGACACACCCGUAUGCACAUAAUAUACAUAAAUUAGAAUUACAAUAAUUAUCUUUUAGUUACUAUCACAUAUAUAAUACGAUAUACAGUGCAACAAUUUCUUUUAUUAUCAUAUACAUGAAAUUAGAAUAAAUACAAGGGAUAUUUUUAAUGUGCCUUCCAUCUAUAUAUCACUUUGUAAUAUGAUAUCUUAUAUAUUAAUAUACGAUUAGAGCUGAACGUUAAGAUGCUACAAAGUGUUUCAAAAAGAUAUGACAGCAGCAAAAUCUUAUUCUUAAAAUUUAUAAUAUCUUUGAUAUAUUUGAUAUCUUUGAUAUCAGAUUAUGAUUGCAGAAACAAAUGUAAAGCUAAGCACAUAAAAAGGAUUCCUACAAUAAGGAUAGAGGCAAAGUUUCUAUCACAUUUCAGAAAAUUGUUUUAUCAAAAUAAAAAAUAAUUCUGUUGAAGUGUCACUUAUAUGUAUAUAAAUUGCAAGUAUUAUUUAUGUCUAUAGCUAUGCAUUAACUUUUGCUUUUGACAUAUCAUAAUUCCAGAUAUUUGUUAAAACUGUUAUAAUGAUUGUGUUGAAAAAAUUCUAAAAAUUAUUU